AUGGCCUACACUCUGUACGACGCCACCGUCCCCCUCCUCCUCGCGGGUCUCAACUCUCUCCUCAACAUUGUCGCCAAGGCCGAGGAGUACGCCGCGGAAAAGUCUAUUGACGCCAAGGAGAUCCUCGACUGGAAGCUGGCGGACGACAUGCUCCCCUUCACCUUCCAGUAUUUUGUCGCUAGCGACUGCGCCAUCAAGAUCAUCGCCCGCGUCCAAGGCACCGAGCCCGAGGCCCUGGGCAGGGAGUUUGCCAGCCUCGGCGAACUGCGCCAGCGCGUCGAGCACGCCAUCACCGUCGUCAAGGCCGCCGACCCCAAGACGUUCGAGGCCCGCACCGAUGCCCUCGUACCCCUCGGCCUCGGCUACGGCAAGGGCGAGGUGCAGAUCAAGGCCCGCGACUACCUCGUGGCCUACGGCAUGCCCAACUUCUUCUUCCACGUCUCGACGGCCUACGAUAUCCUGCGCUCCAAGGGCGUUCAGCUCGGCAAGAGCGAUUACAUCACCCCCUUUAUGGCUCCGUUCGUGCAGCAACAGUAA